AUGCGUCUCGGCUACGCCACGGGCCCCAAGGAGAUCCUCCACGCCAUCGACGUCAACACCGCCGGCGCCAACCUGCACACCUCGGCGCUGACGCAGGGCAUCGCCGGCAGCCUGCUCCAGCACUGGGGCCAGGACGGCUUCCUCGCGCACUCGGAGGCCGUGUCGGCAUUCUACAAGGAGAGGAGGGACGUGUUCGAGGCCGCCGCGCACAAGUACCUCGACGGCCUGGCGACGUGGGUGUCGCCCGUCGCCGGGAUGUUCCUCUGGAUCGACAUGAGCCCCGCGGGCAUCACCGACUCGUACUCGCUCAUCCGCACCGAGGCGCUCGCCAAGGGCGUGCUCGCCGUCCCCGGCCAGAGCUUCUACCCGUCCAACAGGAAGAGCCCGCACGUGCGCGUCUCGUUCUCCAUCAUCGACCUCGAGACCAAGGCCCCCGAGGGCUUUGCGCGUCUCGCCGAGGCCAUCAAGGACAAGCGCAAGGAGCUUGGCCUCGAGUAG